UUGAAUAGGCCAAAAAGACACGAAAAUGACGCGCCGUAAGGAAAUGUGGAAGAUCCUAUAUAACGUGGUCAAUAGAAGUGAAAUUGGUGGCAAUUUGGAGGAAGUUUUCAAUGUAAUAGAUGAAAUAUUAUGCCAAGAGGCCAGUCUAAUCAGUGGCUCUGAGUUUAACUGCAAAUUCCAAGACACAUUUCUGCUGUGGCUGCUCAAUAAAUUGGCCCAGUGCAUCCUCAAUAAUAAUGCCGGUUCAGAUGUCAGUCAGUGCAUCGAGCUGCAAAAGAAACUUAUCAGCUCAUGCUGGUCAAAUCAUUCAAAACUUUUCGAGCGUAUAGUGCUGGCUUAUAUAGAUGUUCUACAGGUGAUUUACGAGCAAUUGACUGAAUUACAAUUCUCGAAGGAUGCCCCGGAACAGAGCAAUGAGCAGACGCUGAUCUUGCGGAUCUUUGCCUGCGAAGUAAGCCUUUUGCAAGAGUUUGACUCGCAGUGUAGUCAUAAGGAAAUCCAUGUAAGAUUAGAUCAAAUUGAUGGAUACGCCAGAAAUAUGUUGACCAUUCUGCAGCAUGCCCAUGGCAUUGGGCAUGCCACUCAUGCUGGUAUUUUUGCCGGCAGUCUGCAACAGGCUUUGCUCAUCCUUAAAGAGUGCGAUGUGGAGACCAAGUUGAGUAGCAUGAAUUAUUGCCACGAAGUCCUCAGAAUGCAAUCCGUCUCCAGCUGGCAUUUAAAUGCAGAUGUUUCUCACUACGCCCAGUUAUCUUUAAAGGCGGUAACUAUGAUGUGGUCAAUGGUGCCCAAAUGGCUAGAAGUCCGUUUAAUAAACCAAUUGGAGAUACAAAAUUUGGUGGUCUUAACCAAGAAUCUUCUCUUGGUUAUGCGAUUACCUGGUAAACAGACUUUGGAUUUGGGCCACGAUUUGCUAAAUGAGAUUCUGUCAUUACCUUUGAGUAUGGACAAAUCCGAGUUGGUUGAAAACUUGGCCAACUAUUUGCAAAAACCAACGGAUGAUGAACUCGUAGGCUCUCUGGAUGCAUUGCAGCAUCUGGUGAUGAGCAAAUGGCGAAUCUUUCCCGUUCAAUUGAUGCCUGUACUGUCCUGCGUGGCAGCCAAACAAACUGAAAUGAGAUCCAACAUUCUUUGCACUCUCACAAAAUCUCUGAAUACCCUUUUUCAGAAAAUAGAUAGCUUAUCUCCUGUGGAGCUUGAUCAAAUGCUAUCCAUACUUAGAGCCCUGAAGCAAUUGGAAAUGCUACUAUUGCAACAACGUCAGCAACAGGUUUUUGCCGAUGAACAAACAAAUCAUAUGGAUUGUGACUUGCUGAUAAAACUUCCCUUGCAAUUUGAUCUUGUGCUAACACCGGAAAUCAAUUGGAAUCUUCAUGCCCUAAAUAUUAUCGAGCAGGAUCAGAAGAGUCGACUGAACUUUACCGAGAAAUAUUUUGAAAUUUGCUCACUCUUAAUGAAAAUUUCUUGUGUACGCCCGAAUCUAAAGUCCCAGACCCAACAGCAAUUACUUUCAAUACUCCAGCGUAAUAAGCAGCUGGAUCACUUAUGUUCCAUAAAACUGGAGACGCCGUCCAGCGCCCACACCCAAUUACAAUUGUUUUUUGCCCAAGAGAAUAUCAAUUUUUUUACAUCACAAGAUGAGGAAACAGUAAAAACCUUUUUCGAUAGUCUCCCCCAGCUGUAUAUGUCUGGCUACAUAAAGACUGCUCAUCUCUUAAAGGCCUUACCAACCUUGAGUAAUCCAAAAAAUCGCUGCCUAGUGCUACGUUUACUUCUCUGCUCACAGUCCGAGACGAUUCAUGUGUUUAGAGUCGAGGAUCAGUUACUUUGGUACUGCUCCAAGUGUCGUCCAAUGCCAGAGGCAUUGCCUGGCUGUUAUCUGGGAAAAUACAAGUCGAGUUUACAUAAUUUUAAUUUUACCAAUGCCACACUUCAAUCGAUAGCCGAGGAUAUGCUGUUUCAACCCGACUUCUUGUACAUUGUCCACCAUCUGAACUCUUUAAAAUCCAUAGAUCCACAGAUUUGUCUGCGCCUGUUGACCGAGAAAGGUUGCGGAAAUCUCUCGGAACAGACAAUGUCGCAUCUGGUUCCAGUGAUGUCGUCGCGGGAACCCCGAUUCAUGAAGGAAUUGGCUGUUCUAGUACUCACUAGCAUUCAACAAGUGUUGGCUAAGCCAGUGCAAGCGCAAAGCGUUAACGAGCAACGUAAAUUACUCCGACUACUUGUGGGCUGUGCUUAUCCGGGCAUCAAUGAAAUCUGGCUAUUCCACUGGUUCAAAAUGACAUUCUUCUUCCUGGUUCACAUUCGUUCGCUGGUGGUGCAAGAAGCUGUGCUAGCUGCCAGCGAAAUGUGUGCACGUCAUAAUCUGCAGACGGUUACAUUGUGGAACUGGUAUAAACGAGAUGCACUUGCCCUUGCCGUUCGUUUGGCACUGAAUGUAUACCUAUCAGAUGGCGUGAGAUUCACAAGAUCCUUGAAGGCGCUGUCGAAAAUGUUGGGAUUUUCAUGUGUUCAGGAAUUCACGUGCAAGUAUCAUCGCCUGCUGACCACUAUGGUGUUGCCCUAUUGCAUGAAGGAACCACGCUGCAAGGGUGUUCUGUUGCUAAUAUCAAAACAAUUGAGAAAACCAAUUUCCACUCUAUUUGCCACUUCAUUUUUACGCAUUUAUACACAUGUCCAUCUCACAGAGACUCCAGAAUUGGCCAAUAGCUGCAUUGAUUUUGUGGUCAACUGCACCAAAAGCAGUCUCCAGCAGCUGAUGAAUGCCGAUGUCAAGCAAACUGUUGCUGAACUCCUGAUCUACUUUAAUCGGGAUCCAACAUUUAUAAUGCGUUCUUUUCAAAGUCUCCUGCAUUCAUCAGAGGAUAAUUGCGAACAGUAUCCAACGUCUAGUCAGUCAGCCAAUGCCGAGUUUGCUGCUUUUAUAGCCGAACGUUUUUUAGGCGUAAUAACCCAUUUUGAGAGCUGUCUGGGUGAACCCUCGUUUGAGAAACCCCUUAAAGAGGAGACCCUCUAUAGCUUGGGCCAGAUUAUGCGUUUGGUUGGCUCGCAGCAUGUUACCCAGUUUCGUUUCAAGAUUAUAGCCAUGCUAACGUUUGUCCACACAUUGAACGAGACACGUCUGCAGAGGAUUUGUCUAAAGAUUUGGCAUAUUUUUCUGCAUGUGGUUAAUGUGCAGGAAUUGGGUCCAUCUCUGGGUCGGAUAGUGGCCACUUUACAACCUCUGCUAAAUGAUAAAGAGACUGUUGAUCAAGUAAAUGAUCUAUAUGAAUUUGUUAUACUUAAAAAUGCCUCAAUGUUGGGUAACUUCAUCACGGAUUUGUAUUUUCUGGAACGCAUGGAGAAUGUGUCACCAGCCAUAAGACAGUGCAUCAAACGGCAUACAUCCCACCUGCAUUUUGUCGUCGAAGAAGAGGAGGAGGACGAGUCAAGUUCACCCCAAUUGCUAGUUCAAUUGCAAUUCCUUUACAAACACAUCACCGACGAGUGCCUUCAAGUUCGUAUCUAUGGCCUACAACAUCUGGGUGCUCUCUUUGGUCGACGACGUGGCCAGCUGAAUCGUAUGAUUCUGAAUGAAUUGCCAAUGGAGCCACUUAUUGAACAGAUUGUUAAUGUGUUGGUUGCAGGCUGUCAACACGAUGAUCGUCAACUUCAAAUGGCAUCUGCCAAAUGCCUCGGCGAACUUGGUGCCAUUGAUGCUAGCUAUUUGCCCUCCAAUUAUAAUUUCUCCAAGCCGCAGCAAUUGCCCUUGAGUGUGCUAUCCGAGGAGUUUACCAUUCUCGCCCUAACUGCCUUGUGUCGGGGCUAUCAAUUUCAACAGAAGACGAAGCAUGUGGAUAGCUUCUCGCUGGCUAUACAGGAAACUCUGGCCGUGUGUGGCAUAUCGCCCAAGGAGAAGAAGAAAGUUCAAUUGUGGCAGUCGCUGCCCUCGCGUAUGCGCCAGGUAAUGGAACCAUUGCUUUAUUCCUGCUAUACCAGUUCCCAGCGGCCGAGCAGCUGCAAUGAACAACCCAUAUUUGGGAGUCACUAUACAAAGAACUCUUACGAAGAGUGGGCAUUUCUUUGGGCUAGCCGUCUCAUUGACUAUAUCCAAUCCACCGAAACGCGGCACUUACUUAGUUCGUACAAGCCUUGCAUUAAACGAGAUGCUAACAUGUUGAGCACCUUUUAUCCUUACAUAGUUCUUCAUGCCCUGUUGGAAUGCAAGCCAGAGCAGCGGAAGCACGUUCAGGAAGAGUUUGUUGCCGUUUUGCAGGCCAAUGAAGAGUAUUCCGUAUCGACAAAAAGCCAGCAGGAUCUGGGCUCUCAUAAUAACGCAUUUAAACUGUUCGAGUCGAAGAAAUAUGCAGCUGGCAUUAAGCCAGUGUCGGACCAACAACAAGAAAGGGAGGAAGACUCCAGUCACGUUCCGCGUUUGGCGGGUAAAUUGUGUGCCGAACUUUUAGAUUUCUUGCAGCGGUGGCUCCGGGAAUGGCAACGUCUUCAUGGACGGAGUACAGGUGGUAAACCGCCACAAAUUGUUGAUGCAAACUAUAGGAAAAUUUACGAGUUUCUUAAAACAAUUCCAAAAUUGUUGGUCUCCCAGGCAAGCUAUAAUUGUGGCGAGUAUCCGAGGGCAUUGAGCUACCUGGAAAGUUACCUUGAGGAGGGGGACAAAGCGAAGCGUAUUUUGGAACAGUUUACCUUUCUCAUUGAGAUUUACGGAAAACUAAUGGAUGCCGACUCCGUGGAAGGAGCUGUACAAGUUCGUAGCUACGACAUGAGUGUUACCCAGGAGAUAUUGGUGAAUCGUUUGGUCGAACGACAACAGGAUAUGAUCACAUGCUAUGAGCAGCUUUUGUCCAGUACGGAGGAAUUGCAACCGGAUCAUAUAAGGGCCAUUAUUGAUGCCUAUUUACGUAUGGACACGCCGAAGACAGCCCUGCUAAUAGCCGACGGUCUGUGGCAGCGUUUGUCAGAUCAGUUUACAGAGCAAUAUUUCAGUGAAUGCAAAUCCGAAUUACUCUGGCGUCUGGGUAGCUAUGAAGAUCUGGAGGAACAGGCCAAGCCCAAUUGGCCCGCACUUUGUGCCCAGGGUUGUCUGGCCCUAAGGCAACCUUUAACUAGUCGUUCGCAAUUUAACUCCCUUCUCGAUGGCAUGAGGCACUCUGUGCUGGAACAACUUCGGAGCUGUUCGGCCAAUCAGCAGCAUUCCUAUGCCCAUGCAUACGAUGAAAUAGUGAAACUACAUUUAGUUUAUGAACUUCAGUGUAGUCAGCGAUUGUUAGAUCAACUGCAAUUGGAGGAGCAGAGCAAUGAACAGCGUCAAGAAUGCCUAAUGAAGGCCUAUUUCGAGGAUUGGCAGCUUCGGUUGCAAGUUCUUCAGCCGCAGGUUCGUGUUCUGGAGCCGAUUUAUAGUUUCCGGAGGAACCUGUUGACAGAAUUGCAGCGUCGCCUAUCAUCCAGACCACAAUUGCAUACCGCCAUCCAAACGGAGCUAGGUCAGCUGUGGUUAAAUAGUGCCCAAAUCAAUCGGAACGCUGGACAACUUCAAAGGGCCCAAUUGUAUAUACUUAAAGCGGCGGAAUACCAACCCACAGGACUGUUUCUAGAACGGGCCAAGCUGCUCUGGCAGAAGGGUGACCAAGUGAUGGCUAUAAACUAUCUGGAGGAGCAAUUGUCCACAAUGCGUCAGGAUCAGAAUGCCACACAGUUGCCACCGGAGCAGCGUAAAUUGUACUUUGAGGGCAAGUACCUACUGGCCGUUUAUAAUGCCGAAUCCAUGCACUUGUGUGCAGAUUCUAUACUGAAAUAUUUCCGUGAUGCCAUUGCCGUGCAACGUCAGUCGGAGCGAUGUCAUGUGCAGUUUGCCCAGUUUCUGGAAAAGAUACGUGAGGCCAAACAGUCGGCAGCAGGCGGCAACAAGCCACACGCAUCGACCCACAGUCAUGCUGACGACGAUAUGUUGCUCCAGGUGAUGCUCUAUUAUGCCAAAUCCUUGCGUUAUGGCAAUGAACAUAUCUAUCAAUCGAUGCCGCGUUUAAUAAGCCUUUGGCUGGACACAGCCGAAACUACCACAAAUUCCGAACUCAUUAAGAAAAUGAAUGACUUGUUAACCAAUUGCAGUUCGGUUCUGCCCUCGGCCAUGUUUUAUACAGCCUACUCCCAGAUGCUAAGUCGUCUGUGUCAUCCACAGGGAGAAGUUUUCAGUGUGUUACGCAUUAUAAUAAUACGUCUGAUCGAGGAUUAUCCACAGCAAUCGCUUUGGAUGUUGUUGCCGCACUUCAAAUCGGCCACAGCCAAUAGAAUUAAGAGGGCCAAACUUAUUUUAACAGAGACGAGACUACAAACUAGCAGGUUCCAGAAGCUGUUGGCCGAUUUUAACACCCUAACUGAACGUCUAAUUGGUUUGACCAAUAAAGAAGUUACCCUUGAUCGCAACUAUCAGUUGAGUGAUUUGGAUAAGCGUCUCUCCAAGUUGUGUAAUCCGGAUUUCUCCGAAAUAUUACUACCGUUUGAGAAGUACAUGCGUCCCACAUUGCCCAUCAGUUCGACGGACGCAACUCCGACAACUAUCAACAACUCACAAAACUCCACGUUAGGCUCGAAUUGGUUUCCCUAUCAGCAAAUUUAUAUUUCUGGUUUUCAGGAGCAAGUUUUAGUUUUGCGAUCAGCCGCUAAACCCAAGAAACUAACCAUCCGUUGCAGUGAUGGUCUGAAUUAUGAUGUGCUGGUCAAGCCAAAGGAUGAUCUACGACGUGAUGCACGUCUAAUGGAAUUCGAUGGCCUGGUGAAAAGAUAUUUGCAUCAGGAUGCUCGGGCCAGACAAAGGCGACUACACAUACGCACCUAUGCCGUGUUGCCAUUCAAUGAGGAAUGCGGCCUAGUCGAAUGGCUGCCCAAUCUGAAUUCAUAUCGCGGAAUCUGUACUUCAUUACAUGCCCAGAUAGGUCAGGGAAUGGGGGCUCGUAUGCUUCAACAGAAUGCCGUCCCACUACACGAUCCGAUCGAACGAAAACGAGAAGUUUUCCUCAAGGUUCUAUUACCAGCGCAUCCACCGGUAUUUCAGGAGUGGCUACGUCAGCGCUUCACCACGCCCCACAGUUGGUAUGAGGCCAGGAAUUCUUACAUACGUACCACGGCCGUUAUGUCAAUGGUGGGCUAUAUAUUGGGUCUCGGCGAUCGGCAUGGCGAGAAUAUAUUGAUUGACGAGCAUAAUGCCGAUGUAGUCCAUGUCGAUUUCAAUUGCCUUUUUAAUCAGGGUGAAUCAUUGGCCUAUCCGGAGGUGGUUCCAUUCCGUUUAACCCACAACAUGACUGUGGCAAUGGGACCACUCGGAGUGGAAGGCAGCUUUCGGAAAUGCUGUGAGAUCACAUUACGUCUGCUUAAGCAGGAGGCCAAGACACUAAUGUCCAUGCUGAGACCCUUUGUCUAUGAUUUGGGUAAUCAGAGAUGUUUGGCCGCAGCCACGGCCAAGAUAACAAAUGAUGUGCAGCGGAUUGCAGAUCGUUUGCAGGGUCAUGUCACACGUCAGCAGGCCAACAGUAUUCCUCUAUCCACCGAGGGACAGGUUAAUUAUCUAAUUAAUGAGGCUACUAAAGUGGAUAAUCUGGCUGUCAUGUACAUUGGUUGGGGGUCAUUCCUCUAGGAUGUGUGCCUCUAAAUGUUGUUAUUAAUUUUGUUUAUUAUAUAUCAACUUUUUAUUAUUUUUACUCAAUACGUUUCAUCACAACCAUUUUAGUUAUCUUUAUUUGUUUACGAUUUGUAAAUUUGUUAAAGCUUUGUCAUAUAUUUCAACAAAUGAGCUGAUUAAAAUGUAAAGUUCAAAUUGUGAGUUGUGUAAAUAAG